CCUCAGAUAAGUUAGCUUUACCGGCUUAAAUUUUGUGUUUAUUAAAUUCGUUCCAAAAAUUGCUGAUAUGGCCACUUACGAAGAAGUCAAAGAUGUUACCAACCACCCGGAGAAGUACCUUUUCGACGUCCGCAACGAGUCGGAGCUGAAGGAAACUGGAGUUCUGCCGGCCAGCAUUAACAUUCCAUUGGCCGAUCUGGAGAAGGCUCUCAACCUACCGGAUGUGGACUUUGCUCAGACUUAUGGACGCGAAAAACCGGCCAUUGAUGCAGUCCUAAUCUUCUCUUGCAAAGCCGGAGGACGUGCAGCUCGAGCUGCUAAUUUGGCUUCCACCCUGGGUUUUACAAACGCUAAGGCUUAUGCCGGAUCCUGGACGGAGUGGCAGGCUAAGCAGUCUAAAAAUUAGUAAACAUGCGGUCUAUAAAAAUUUGAUAUAAAAUUCCUAAAAAAUUCGAAUUACUACAAUAAUAAAAACAAAUAAACUAGACCCUUA